CGGGCUAGCUUAGGAUGGUGGGCUGGCCACGCAGGCGCGUGGGGCCGCGGCGAGAACCCCACGCGGGAGCUUUUGGAGUCCCCAGUCGCCACUCCUCACUUCACUGGAGAGGGGUCUGGGAGGGAACCAAUAAAGAGUGAAUGUGCCGCAGCCGCGGUGGCGGUCGAGUUACCGCGAACGACCCAGGAGUCGUGCGCCCGGGAGGCGGCGAGGGGAGGCGGUUCGCCUGGUCCCUCCCACCCGCCCCUUUCUCUCUGUCUCUCUCUCCUUUCCUCCCGCUGGUCCCAGAUCCUCGCUCUGUCCAGCCCCUUCGUCCCCAUCUCGCACUCUUUCUGUCUCCGCAAUCCUUUACCUAGGGCGUCCCAAAGUGCCAUGGGUUAGGGUGGGGACCCGCGAGCCGCGGGAAAAGGGACUAGCCCCGAUUCUCCGCCGGGGGGCGUGAAGCCGAUCGCCGCUUGCCUCUCGCGGUCGUCCGGCUUGGGGAGAGCGGUGUGAGCCCGCAACCCCGGGAGCACGCAGGAACAGCGGCGCCCGAGGCCGGAGGAGCCCGGGGAUUAGAAGAAGGAGCGGAGGGAGGACGAGGAGCCGGGCGGGGAAGCCCGGGGGCGAAAAGUGCAGCCAGGAGGAGAAGGCGGCGCAAGGUGGGGAUUGAUGCUUCUGUUUUUUGUUGCCGCUGCUGCGCUCGCGCUGGGAGCCAAGCCGGAGGGAAGGUGGUGGAGAGAUGAUUGCAGAGUUGGUGAGCAGCGCUCUGGGGCUCGCCUUGUAUCUCAACACCCUGAGUGCGGAUUUCUGCUACGAUGACAGCCGUGCUAUCAAGACUAAUCAAGACCUGCUCCCAGAAACGCCCUGGACACACAUUUUCUACAAUGACUUCUGGGGGACUCUUCUAACCCACAGUGGUAGCCACAAGUCCUACCGGCCACUCUGCACUCUUUCUUUUCGACUGAAUCAUGCCAUCGGAGGGCUGAAUCCCUGGAGCUAUCAUCUUGUCAAUGUCCUGUUGCAUGCGGCUGUCACUGGCCUCUUCACGCGCUUCUCCAAGGCCCUCCUUGGGGAUGGAUACUGGACUUUCAUGGCUGGCUUGAUGUUUGCUUCACACCCCAUCCACACGGAGGCAGUGGCGGGCAUCGUGGGACGAGCAGAUGUGGGUGCCAGUCUCUUUUUUCUCCUGUCCUUGCUCUGCUACAUUAAGCACUGUUCUACAAGAGGCUACUCGGCCAGAACUUGGGGCUGGUUCCUGGGGACAGGACUGUGCGCUGGAUGCAGCAUGCUGUGGAAGGAACAAGGAGUGACUGUCCUGGCAGUUUCAGCCGUUUAUGAUGUCUUUGUCUUCCAUAGGCUGAAAAUGAGGCAGAUCCUACCUACCAUUUACAAAAGGAAGAACUUAUCGCUUUUUCUCAGCAUUAGCUUGUUAACUUUCUGGGGGACCAGCCUUUUGGGUGCCCGGUUAUACUGGAUGGGCAACAAACCACCAAGCUUUUCCAACUCCGACAACCCCGCUGCUGACUCGGACAGCCUUUUGGCUCGCACGCUCACCUUCUUCUAUUUACCUACCAAGAACCUCUGGCUGUUGCUCUGCCCGGACACGCUGAGCUUUGAUUGGUCCAUGGAUGCCGUGCCUCUUCUCAAAACAGUUUGUGAUUGGAGAAAUCUACACACUGUGGCCUUCUAUUCUGGACUUCUCCUCCUUGCCUACUGUGGUUUGAAGAACCCAAGUUUAGAAGGAGAGUGCAAUGGGAAAGCUGUGACAAAUGGCAAGCAGAAUGCAAAUGGCCAUAGCUGCCAUUCAGAUGUGGAGUACCGGAACUCAGAAAUCAAGCCCAGCUUUGCAUCCAAAGUAGAGAAUGGAAUUAAAAAUUGUGUACCACAGAGAACUCAGCUCCCUUCCACUGAGAACAUUGUUAUUCUGUCCUUAUCUUUGUUGAUAAUACCUUUUAUUCCUGCCACGAACCUGUUUUUCUAUGUUGGCUUUGUAAUCGCAGAGCGAGUCUUAUAUAUUCCCAGUAUGGGCUUCUGCCUUCUGAUCACAGUGGGUGCCAGAGCCCUUUAUGUCAAAGUACAAAAGAGGUUUCUCAAGAGCUUGGUUUUUUACGCCACGGCCACGUUAAUUGUCUUCUAUGGACUCAAGACUGCGAUCAGGAACGGAGACUGGCGGAAUGAAGAGAUGCUGUAUAGGUCAGGGAUCAAAGUAAACCCAGCCAAAGCAUGGGGUAACCUUGGAAAUGUUCUCAAGAGUCAGAGUAAAAUUUCUGAAGCUGAAAGCGCCUAUAGAAAUGCCCUGUACUACCGCAGCAACAUGGCUGACAUGCUGUAUAAUUUAGGGUUACUGCUCCAAGAGAACAGCAGGUUUACAGAAGCUCUCCAUUAUUACAAACUGGCCAUCGGGAGUAGGCCAACCCUGGCUUCUGCCUAUUUAAACACCGGCAUUAUUCUCAUGAACCAAGGGAAGACAGAGGAAGCCCGGCGUACAUUCCUCAAGUGUUCAGAGAUUCCAGAUGAGAACCUGAAGGAUCCUCAUGCACAUAAGAGUUCUGUCACCAGCUGUCUGUAUAACCUCGGGAAACUCUAUCACGAGCAAGGACAUUAUGAGGAAGCCCUGAGUGUAUAUAAGGAAGCAAUUCAGAAGAUGCCAAGGCAGUUUGCCCCUCAGAGCUUAUACAACAUGGUGGGCGAAGCAUACAUGAGACUGAGUAAGCUUCCUGAAGCUGAACACUGGUACAUGGAAUCAUUGAGAUCCAAGACAGACCACAUCCCUGCUCAUCUCACCUAUGGGAAGCUGCUCGCCUUAACAGGUCGUAAGAGUGAGGCUGAAAAGUUCUUCUUGAAGGCUAUUGAGCUGGAUCCUACCAAAGGAAACUGUUACAUGCACUAUGGCCAGUUUCUCCUAGAAGAAUCUCGCCUCACAGAAGCAGCCGAGAUGGCAAAAAAAGCAGCUGAGCUGGACAGUACAGAGUUUGAUGUCGUCUUCAACGCUGCCCACAUGCUAAGACAAGCCAGCCUUAAUGAAGCCGCUGAGAAGUAUUAUGAUAUGGCAGCAAGACUGAGACCUAAUUACCCUGCUGCUCUCAUGAACCUAGGGGCCAUUCUACAUCUCAAUGGGCGGCUCCAGAAGGCUGAGGCCAACUACCUGAGGGCUCUACAACUCAAGCCAGAUGAUGUCAUCACUCAGUCUAAUCUACGCAAGCUGUGGAACAUCAUGGAAAAGCAAGGCUUGAAGACCUCCAAGACCUGACACAUGAGAAAUAACCUCCUUCUCCUACGCUUCUCAAAGCAGGCUUCAUUAACAGACAGAACGUCCCAGCAGUGCUGUGAUAAAAGCUCACUGGUGACUUCAAGCCCAGGACAGAGGUCAUCAUGGUUACUGCCACUGCUGGGAGAAUCUACUUUGCUACGGGCACAGUCCUUAACACCAAAAAACGGGAACAUUGAGAACCUCUGGGAGGGUGUAAUUGUUACCCGUAGACUGUAAACCAGAGCACUUAACAGGAUUUCGGAGUGUUCUUAGAAAGUAGAGAGAUCUCAGUUGUAGACGUUCACUUUUGAGGGAGAAUUUGAAAUUAUAUUGUUCCUUAAACACUGUGAGAGGAAGUCAGAGAGCCCAUCCAGCCACAGUGAACUCUUAAGGGUGUGAUUAACACAUAGUGUGAAUCCCAGUGAGCCACCGGUUGUCCUUAUGCUGCUGUCUUUCCUCUUUGGGACAGCCUGCUUAUUGAUUGCUGAAGGUGAUCAAACUUCGGUUUUAACAGUGUGUCGGGAUCUGUCCGAAUCGAAUCUCCAGUUGUUUCUUGACUCGUGCACAUAAACAUUUUAUGGUUUGAAUGUCCAAGGCAUCCUACUGUUGAACAUCAUUUGUUUGUCAUGUCUCAAAAUGAACGUGUGGAGAAGAGCGAACCGUGCAUACAGGUGGUAUGAGAGGACCUAGGGUGGCCUUGGGUGUGUGUCACAAAGGUAUUUUCAUUUUGAUAUUGUCAGUAUUUCCUCCAAUGCUGUUUGGUAGAUCUCAUUGCAUUCAUCCUUUUGAAAUUAUCAUUUAUGAGAGAUGUCUAUUCCUGAUCAGUAUACAUGUUGUUCACUAAGGCUGAAAAAAUGUGGAUGUUGUAUGUUAUGAGCGUUCCAGUUCUAGUGACUAAUCAUGACUAUAUAAGGCAAAGUCCGCAGUGCUUCUUAUCCAAUGACUGUUAUAACAAGUCAACGCAGCAUGGGUGCAUAAGGAUUGUUGUCAAUGACUUUGUGUUUUGGAAAGAGCUGGUAUGAAAUACCCAUCGAUUCCUAACACAACUAAACAGCAAUGCAGAUAAACCCUGGAGGAUUGUCUUACUUUGCUCUCCCUGAAAGAUGUCAAAAAUAAAUUAUUUUAAGAUGCCAUAGAGUAGGGAUCAGCCGGCAUAUAUCAUCAUCUUCUGCCAAAUGCUUUCCUCAGUUGAAAAAUAUUUUCCAAUAGAAAGCUGAGUGUUUUAUUUCCUUACCUGAUAUUAGGUAUUUCAGCGAUUAUUUUAUAAGUUAAAAUCUAUAAAUGAAACAAAGGAAAAACAUUUCUUUAACAUUUUUGCCUUGUACUCAAAACUUUACUAUUAAAAUUUUAAUUCCCAGAAUACCAGUCCAUUAGCAACCUCUUUAUAGAAAAAUUAACUAUUCUGUACCCAACAUAUUUAUUUAUUUAUUAUCCAACCAUAGCAAAAUAACAAAACAAAACAAAAAAGAUUUCUUAAAACAGUUAUUAGCUUCCUCUCCUUCCCUUCUAUACUCCAUAUAUAUAUAUAUAUAUAUAUAUAUAUAUGAUCAGUGAUUCCAUGAGAGGGAAGGUAGACAUGAAAAUAAUACUAUGUUUUCUCCCUAUAUUAUAUACCAUUUCAUGUAUCAAAUACAGUGGAUAAAGAAUUUGAGGUAGUGUUCCAAUGACAUUAGUUUCUGUAAGAGAACAGAUGUAGUGAGAGUUUUGAUGGUGUUUAUGAGAAAGCCCUCUUUAAAGCGUAUAGUACUCUGUAAACAUUUCACUCAAGGGCCAGAAGUUAAAGUAUAACUAAAUCACUGUGUUGUCGGAAUAAUAUUUAACAUUAACAAAAACAAAACCCAUGGUCAAACCAAAAAUAGUGGGUUGAAGUAAACAUUUCAUUUUCUAUUGCAUUGGCAAUUUGGAUGACAAAGAAAUUUAAUAUAAGGCUGUAAAGAUAAAUUCAGUAUCUAACCUUUUUUUAUUUAUUUAAAUAGUUGUUGUGGCAUUCUAGUCUUUACAUUUUAUGUCUGUCUUGUUCCUUCUUUCCAACACUUGCUUCCUGUAGGUUCACUGAAUGCACAAUAGCCACAUUUCACAUGACUCAACUCCCAAGUGGUGUUAAUCAUUGGGCCUGUGUCAUAAAAUGCAUGGAUCUUUAAUAUCCACAUGUCCCUGACACUUUUCACUACAGGGCUGGACUUAGUAACUGACCAACUCGGGGGGUGGGCUUGGGUAUUAGAACAUGAUCAAAAUGUCUCUGCUCAGGGAUUUAUGGUGGAUCAUUGCAGACAGUGCUAAAAAUGUAGAGCACAAGACAAGUUUACUAAAUUAAAAUUUUAUUUUUUGAAAAACUGUUAUUUGUAUAAAUUAUCAAGAUUUGUAGGCUUUCCUUUUUGUAGAAAUAAUUGUUUUAUGUGCCAGAGAAUUUCAAUUUUGUUUUGAACAAUAAAGCAUUGAUAACAAAU